ACCAACCGUCCGUAUUCGCGCGAAGCCAAGCCAAGCUAACAAGCCACCUCUCCUCCUUGGACUUACUCUGAUUCUGAAAUUUCCCUCAUUAAAGUCUUCAACUUCCCCAUCUCAUCCCGUACCUUCUACUUCAAUUCAAUCGACUACCACGAUAUUAUCCAACACUUCAACUACCAGGGUUAUCGAUUCAAUCAAAUCAUCUUUAUUGGGCGGAAACGAUCACCGGACCGAUCUUUAUUGGGCUUUAUUCAUUUAGGUUCAAUUGGAUCGGGUCCGUUCGCAGCUUUUAGAAGUAGGGGAAUCCUGCAAAUUAAAGCUUGGAUUUUAGGUUUUUCUGGGUUGGGUUUUGAAUUUGGGAUAAAUGGAUUCGAGUCGAAGAGCGGUGGAAUCGUACUGGAGGUCGCGUAUGAUCGAUGGAGCCACCUCUGAUGAAGACAAGGUCACGCCCGUUUACAAAUUGGAAGAAAUUUGUGAACUUUUGCGGUCCUCGCAUGCCAGUAUUGUAAAGGAGGUUUCUGAGUUUAUAUUGAAACGCCUUGACCAUAAGAGUCCAAUUGUUAAGCAGAAGGCUCUUAGGUUGAUAAAAUAUGCUGUGGGGAAAUCUGGCGUGGAGUUCAGGAGAGAAAUGCAAAGACACUCUGUUGCCGUGCGUCAGUUAUUUCACUACAAGGGGCAGUUGGAUCCUUUGAAAGGGGAUGCACUUAACAAAGCUGUGCGGGACACUGCUCAUGAAACGAUCUCUGCCAUCUUUUCAGAGGAAAAUAAGCCAGCUCCUGUUGAAGAUCGUAACAGAAGAAUCCAAGGUUUUGGAAAUAAAAACUAUGAAAUGCCAUCGGAAGAUAAGAAAUCGUUUCUCAGUGAGGUAGUUGGUAUUGGAAGUGCAUCUAUCAAGCAGGGUAUAAGUAGCUUCACACAAAGUAACUCGAUGAGGAAGAAUGACAGUGGAAACUACAAGAGUCCAACUCUCCAUAGGUCAUUGACCAGAGAAUCAGAGUAUACGGAUAGAUAUGAACCAGUUGAAUUACGCAAUGAGACUCAGGGAAGUUCUGGAUUUUCGAGAAGUGUGGCCAGUGGGCCUUGGAAUCAAGAUUCAGGAUCAAGUAACACUGAAAUGACCAAUGGGAAUACAUCUUCAAGUCACUCUGAAAGUAAGACUCCUGAGGAGAGACUGCUGGAGACUAUUGUAACAUCAGGUGGUGUACGAUUACAACCUACUCGAGAUGCCAUUCAGAUUUUCCUUGGGGAAGCCGCAAAGUUGAAUGCAUUAGCUUUAAGUCAUGCUCUUGAAUCUAAGCUUCAAUCCCCGCUGUGGCAGGCUCGCAUGAAAGCUGUAUGUGUCCUUGAGUCAAUUUUGAGGAAGAAAGAUGACGAACCAUUUACAGUUGUUGCAUCAUAUUUUAGUGAAAACAUAGAUGCUGUUGUGAAAUGCUCCGAGUCGCCCCAAGCUUCCCUGAGGGAAAAGGCAAACAAGGUUUUGAGCCUCCUGGGUGGAGAACAGACAGGAAGUACUAUACGUGUUUCAGAAAAGCAUGUGAAGGCCGACGCCGUUCCUGUUGUUCAAAUGCCUGACUUGAUAGACACUGGUGAUCAAGAUGAUUUCCUAGGAACACAGAAUUCAGAAGACCAGCAAAAUGACCAAAUUAUCACGAACCUGACAAAACCACCCCCACUAAUUGAUGAUUUAUUCGGGGAUAAUUUCAGCAAUGCUGUUAGCACUAGUGAACUGAAAAAUGAUGAUGACCCCUUUGCAGAUGUUUCAUUUCACUCAAGCGAGAGUAAAGAACCUGCUGAUCUCUUUUCUGAGAUGACUGUUGACAGUAAAGAGGAUGCUAGUGCAAAUCAUUUAGCAAAGAAAACUGCCCCUGAACUAUUUGAUAUUUUUGGGUAUGAUUCUGGAAUUACAAUGGAGCAGGAAAACCAGAAGAAAGAUGUUGAUGAUUUAAUGAUUGGUUUGUCCAUCAAUGAAAAUGGCCCAAAGGCAGAGCAAAAGGGAAGCUCUUCUGGGUUACUUUCUCAAGCUUUAUUCUCAGAUACAAAAAGUCAUCCCAGUCAUCAGGUCUCUAAUGAUAUGACUGGUAUCCUUGGUCCUCAAACUGUAGGGAUGAAUGCUAAUUUUAUGUUCCCUCAGGGUGCUAUGCCGUAUAAUAUUCCACCAGGGUUUAUGUUCAAUCAAGCGUUUCCUUCUCAACAGAUUAAUUAUGCUGCCAUGGGAAAUCUAUUUGCACAACAGCUAGCCCUCCAACAGCUUGGGCAUCUAACUGCUCAAAACUCUGGCAGUGUUCAGGUUGCUGGAGCGACAGAUGGUGCCCUUCCUGACAUAUUCCAACCAAAUUUUCCAGCUCCAGCUGCUAAUCCAACAGUGAACAGUUCAAAAAAAGAGGACACAAGGGCAUUUGAUUUUAUUUCUGAUCAUAUUGCAGCUGCCCGUGAUCCAAAGAGAUUGGUGUAACUCUUCAAAAGGAACCAGAAAUAUGGGUACGAGUACUUUGAAGGCAUGUUUGACCAGGAGUGUAUUCGCUUGAGACGGAUAAAUUAAAAAAUAUUCUUUUACAAUAAUGGGACAUUUGCACAAAGAUUACCCACAUGUUUCCAUGUAAAUUGCGUCCAAAUUGACAAGAGGGUUAAACGUCCAGGAGCUUAGAUGAAAGAGGGUGGGAAUGGUUAAAAAUAUUGUCCAUUUUCAAAAUAGAACAAGCAAAAGAAUGUUGUUUAGCUAGUUUUUUCCGUUUUUCGAAUCUGUAAUGCAAGCACCAAUUUCAUGUUUUUUUUUCUUUCCUUUCGAGACUCCUGGAGUGUUUUUAUCUUUCAUUUUCUCCAAUGAGUUUUUGUACUUUGAUUUCUCCUUCCACGAGAAGUACUCGUGGAACAUAUCUCCGAACACAGUUUUGGUUAGCGGGGUGGGGAAAGGUAAUAGAAGGCUUUAUAUAUUGUCAAGCUUUUAUAUUUUAAUUUAUGGAGUCGUAUAAUAAUAAUAAUGGCCAAGCCUAUGGUGGUACAUAUUGUUCUCA